AAAAGGUUACAAAGAGUGAAGAAGGGGACGACCAAUAAAAAGUGAGUUUUUUCAAACUCUCAUUGUUCAGAUUCGUCUCUACAACGUUCCUUUCUCGCUCCCCGCAAGUUCGCAAAGCGAAACACAUAAAAUACACCACGAUUUGUGAAAGAGGAGAGAGAAAGCUUCAACUUUGUUAAUGGAAACAAUCCGAAAACAAGCUACUAGGCUUCGCGAGCAAGUUGCUAAGCAACAGCAGGCUGUUCUCAAGCAAUUUGGCGCAGGAGGUUAUAGCUCAGAUAACGUGAUCACAGAUGAGGCAGAGUUUCAGCAACAUCAAAAGCUUGAGAAGCUUUACAUAUCAACAAGGGCUGCUAAGCAUUUUCAAAGAGAUAUUGUACGUGGAGUUGAAGGCUAUAUUGUUACUGGAUCGAAACAAGUUGAAAUCGGAACAAAAUUGUCUGAAGACAGCCGAAAGUAUGGUGGUGAAAAUACUUGUACCAGUGGUAGCACAUUGUCCAAAGCAGCAGUCAGUUUUUCCCGAGCUCGUGCACAGAUGGAAAAGGAGCGUGGAAAUUUAUUGAAAGCUUUGGGUACACAGGUAGCAGAACCUUUAAGAGCAAUGGUUAUGGGAGCUCCCUUGGAAGAUGCUCGACAUCUUGCUCAACGCUAUGACAGAAUGCGACAAGAAGCUGAAGCUCAGGCAAUUGAAGUUUCCAAACGUCAGGCAAAAGUUAGAGAAGCAUCAGGAAAUCCUGAUGUUGUUAUGAAACUAGAUGCUGCUGAGUCAAAGCUUCAUGAUUUGAAAUCUAACAUGGGGAUAUUAGGAAAGGAAGCUGCAGCUGCAAUGGCUGCUGUUGAAGCUCAACAACAGAGAUUGACUCUUCAGCGACUUAUUGCCAUGGUGGAAGCAGAACGUGCUUAUCACCAAAGAGCAGUCCAGAUACUUGAACAGCUUGAAGGCGAGAUGAUUUCAGAGCGACAACGUAUUGAAGCUGCUCCAAGCCCUACUAUUGAGAAUAAUGUACCACCACCCCCAGCUUACGAAGAAAGUGGUGUUUUUGCAUCUCAAACUCAAAAUGGUUCAACUGACAGCAUGGGUUAUUUUCUUGGAGAGGUUAUGUGCCCAUAUCAAGCAGAAUCUGACAUUGAAUUAAAUCUGGCAAUCGGGGAAUAUGUUGUUGUCCGAAAGGUAUCCAACAAUGGUUGGGCUGAAGGUGAAUGCAAGGGAAAAGCUGGUUGGUUCCCAUACGGAUAUAUUGAACGACGUGAACGUGUUCUCGCUAGCAAGAUUGCAGAAGUUUUCUAGAGCUACAUCUGCGUCGACUGAAUUCAGGAAAGCAUUUGUUUGCGUUUCAACUUUUUCAACAAACCCAAGUUCAUUCUUCUAAUGAAAAUAUAAGUCGAACGGUUGCCAUAGGUGUGUUCUGUAGUAUAUGAUGUAGCUAUCGUCUCUUCAUUUUUGUUCUUUCCUCCAUUUCUUCUUUUUUCCAUUUUUGUUAAGCUUAUUAUAUAAAUAUAUAUAUCUUUUUUGCUUUACAUUGCAAGGGGGGUUGGAAUGGUGUGAUGUAAAAUGUAAGUCAGUAAGCGUGACUUAUACUUAAUUAGAUAUUGGUUUCUUGUGUUGCUUGACCAAUUGCCUACUGAUGAGACAAAACACUUCCAUAUGUUGUUUUUGAUAAUUCUGUUGGUUUAAUUACAAUUAUUGAUCUGUCUGCUAUCUUAGCUAGUUAGCUUGACAUUUUAGCUGUGUAGAUGUUGGCAAAGUAAUGUUAAUUAAGAUGAGGAGGAAAGGAUGUUUUAUAGUUGUCUUUCAAGUUGGUCGUUUGGUUUUGACUUUGGUUUGUUAGUUGGUGAGAAAAAAAAAAAGUAUUUUGGCAGUUGAUUGUUCAGCCAGAUUAAAAGUGGUGUUUGAAGCCAUAAUGAAAAAGCAAUUUUGGU